GAGAUUAUAUGAAGAAGAUUUGGCAGCGUUAAAAGAAAAGGAAGAAAACCUAGAUGAUGAUGGAGAAUUAAAGACCACUAUUAUUGAUAACUAUAUAGUGCGAACCUCAGAAUUGUACCCUGGGAGCACGUGA